AGCAUGCCCGAGAGAGACACUCUUACCCAUACAGUGCGGGCCCUCAGUGAAUCUCCAGUUGGCGGUGCUACGUGUCAAUCACUGCACAGACUAGUGCAGACUGAGUAAGGCUGUAGGAUUGUGAGGUUUAGUCCAUUCCAUCUAAUGCCAGGCUAUUAGAGUGACGACGCCCUCACCCACCGCUUCACUAGCCCCGUUAGUAUCUCUGUCUCAUCGUUUCGCUAGCAAUCGCCCAGAGCACAAACCAUCAACCGCCAUCGUGAAGUGCAGUACAGCAGCAAGGCUUUCAUGGUGACUUAUUCCCCCGUACAGUCGCCGUCGUUCCUCCGCACUUGCGCGAUAGCUCUUCCCUCACUUCUUCUACCCGCUGUCGAGUCAGUUUUCCAUGCGACGCCGGCAAUUCUCGCGCACGUACCUUCCUCCUUUCACUCUCGCUUCAAGUUGGUUUCAGUGUCCUACGCGCUCGGCGGCGUCGGUCCUUCACUCUGCGCUGCUAAUUCUCCUCGCUCCUUCUCCUCAGAACCGAAACCAUCAGCGCGUCAAGUCACACGGCCCCACUGUUUUCGCUCGUCUUGCCGCCGCUCCGCGCUCUCCGUUUCAGCCCGCGCCGUGCUGUGCGCUCUGUUAGCCACCAGCACCAGUACUACUACUGGCAAGGAAGCUCAGGUUUUCUCGCCCACUUCGCCGGCAGUCACCCUGGAUCAAUCAACGCGUACUCGCAAAAGCACCAAAGUGUCGCCGAAGAAUCCGAUUCCGCUGCCGCCGCUGCCGCUGCUACUGCCUCUGGCUGCGCGCUUCUAUGGCAGACAAUAGUAAUCCGCCUAACUUAAGCAAUCCUCUCGCUACUCCGCGCGCGGCGCCGCUAUCGGCGCGUGCGAGCAAGCAUCGGCAAAUCCCUCCAGCCUGCUCUCUCUCCGCGGCCUCCGCGGGCUCCUUUUCCCCCGAAUCCUCCGCCUCGGCCCUCGUUCCCGCCCAGCCAUCGCGCACGUUCCUUACGUGCAAUCAUCGCAGCGCCGUCGGCACCGUUCCCGACCUAUUAGUGCUGGAUCGUCCGCAUUGCCCGCCGCGCCCGCCGCCGUUGACGUCGCGGAACGUGACCAGCCAGCGGCAGCGCAUCAGCCGCUUCCUCUGCGAAAUUUCCGCCGAGACGGCGACCCACUCCGCUGCCGCCAGCGCCGCGCGCUGCGGCUCGUCCCGCCGCAAGCGCGAGGACUCCGACUCGGUCGCGACUCCAGCUCCCGAGGGGCCCGGCGCGGUUUUAUUCGGUCACCGCAUCCUCCCGCACGUGAAGUUCCCCCCCGUGCCGCCCGCAGGCAUGUGGCGUGGGGAAGACGGGGUGCCCGCUAAAAAGCGACCGCGCGCCGUCCCCGGAGCCGUCGCUUUCCCCUCCGCCGCGGAGGCAGUGAAGGACGAGCCGCGCGACAGCCGGAGCGCAGACUUCCGCCACCCCGCGCAGCUGCCGUCGCCCCAGCAUCUCUCGCUGACCGCGUCCACCCCUCUCGCGGACCCUCUUAGUCUGUCCCCGUACCCUUACGCGCCUGGCGGCGGCGUUGCCUCUGCGGGAGAGACCCACGCGCUGGAGCUAGGAACGCCCACGCGCACGCGCACUCGCGGGUUGUCCCCCCCCGCGGGUUUAGAUCAUGCCCGCCGGUUCCGCGGCUCCUCUUCCAUCUGGGCCUCUGCCGGCGAUACCGUCGAAGGCGCGCUCGCCGCCGUCGGCGGUGGCGGCGGCGGCGUCGGUGGAGCCUCGGCGACCGCGGAUCACCCCGAGUCGACGGGCGCGCGCACUUUCGCCUUCCUGAUGCCCGCGGAGAAGGGCGCUUCCGCCGUGCUUUCCUCGCCGCACGCUCCGCGGAAGGGCGCUGGAGCGAAGGAAGGGAGGGAGGAGGAGGUGCAGGGAAGGGAGAGGCAGCUGCUGCCGUUCGCGCCGCUCGAUCGCGCGUUCCGCGGCCGCGGGGAAGGGGGAGUGCCGAAGGCGGAGGAAGGGGGAGGCGACAACAGCGCGGUUAAUCGGCGCAGCGGCGAUGACGGCCCAGGGUCGUUGACCGACCCGGGGAGGUCAGAGGGAAGCAUGAUGGGGGAGGGUGCGUUCCGCCGCGCCGACACGAUCAGCAACAAGACGCGCCGUAGCCGCCCCGCUGCGUCUGCGCGAGGUCUGCAAGGCGCUGCUGACGCCGCCGCCGUACAGCACGCGUUGCGGCUACAGAUGAUGCUGCCACUGGCCUCGCCGCCUCAGCUACAGCCGGAGCACGCCGGAUCCGCCUCUGCCUCCGCCUCUGUUACAGUCGCUGCUGUCACCGCGCCUGGAGCGACCGCCGCCUCCGCAGCCGGAAGCGCCGCUUCCCUCGCUGCUGCUGCUGCCACUUCAGCAGCCGCGGCUGGGCGGACCUCGCCCGGUGCGCUGAUGCUCAUUCCGCGCGCGCCCGCGGGGCAUCUCACGCAGAGGGACCGCGUGCACAUGAGCUUUAACAGCGCUUCCCCGCACCACGCGGCUGCAGCGGCGACUGCAGCGGCGGCGGCCGGCGCGGUUGCUGGGACGGCGGGCUCUGCGGCGGGCGCGCCUUUCCUGGUUCCGGGAUCAGGAUGGACCGCGGCGGCUUCCGCCACUGCCCCGACCGCCGCAAGCGUCGCGCCGGCCGCCGUCGCCGCAACCGCGUCCUCUGCGGCGUACUCGGCUGCGCAAAGCCUUGCGCACGCGCUUGGCGCGGGCGCGGGCGCGAGCUGGAUGGGCCCGCGGAGGCUUCCUGCCGGGCGGAGCGAGGGGAUAGCGUUGGUGGCGGACAACGGGGGCGCGCACGCGGGCGCGGAGAAAGAUGCGGGUAACCGGGAAGCUCUGGCGGCUACUCUCGCUGCUGCUGCAGCGAUGGCGGCUGCCGCGGUUGCAGCAGCAGGCGCGGGGGGCGGCAAGUGGCAGCAAGGGAGCCAGGAGGCGCAAGCGUGGGCGGCGCAAGGGGUGGGGGAGCGGGAGAUGUGGGCGAGAGGCAGGGAGGAGUCGUCGCAUAACAGCAACACGGGACAGCAGCACCUGCAACAGCAACAGUACCUGCAGCAGCCGCAGCAGCCGCCGCAGCAGAGGCAACAGAAAGUGACUUUCCCUGGAGGCGGCGGGGGCGGGGGAGCGGUGUUACCAGCGUGGUGGAACGACCACAUGGCUUCUCUCAUCGCCGCCUCUCAUGCUGCUGCCAUAGCUGCCGCCCCUCCUGCCAACGCCCCAGCUACUUUCCUCCCAUCUAUACAUUUCCCUGGCGCUCCAACCCCCCCACUUCCCCCUUCCCUCCCUCAGCCUCUCCUGCCACCACUGCCACCACCGCCGCCACCACCGCCAUCGCCAGCACCACCAGCGGUAGCGUCUGGGGGCAUGGGGCCAGCAGGAGGUGCGGGGCUGUCUGGGCUGACAUGGCCUGGAACGCCCUCCUCCGUGCCUCAACCAGCACCCCAUACCACGCACCCACAGCAGCAGCAGCAGCAGCAGCAGCAGCAGGCGAGGAGGCCGCAGGCAGGAUAUCCUUCCUCGGCUACAGCUGCAGCGCUCGCGAGGGCUAGAACCCCCCCUGUUCCAGGUCCUGCCUCGACUGCUGCUACUGAUGCAAGUGCAGGGCUAGCGCCUAGGAGGACCCUCUCCCUGGCCGCUGCUGGUGCUGCAGCGGCAGCAGCAGCAGCAGCGGCGGCGGCACCAGCUGGGACAGCAGGGGGGAGUGGGGGCAGCGGCAGUGGGAGUGGUGUGCGGUGCAAGCAGACAGCGUCAGCAGGAACAGCCACCCAGCAAACCUCAGCAGGCAAUGCUGCUGCUGCUGCUGGUACUGCUACUGGUGGGGAAGUGGGAUCUGGGGCUGCUGCGACUGGUGCAGGUAGCACAGGAGCAGGAGCAGGGGGGAGUGCAGGGAGCCGGCCAAAGCUGUGGUGCAGCGAGGACGGGUACAAGUGCAAGGACUGCGGAAUGCGGUUCAACAACGCCCAGGCGCUGGGCGGACACAUGACUGCGCACACCAAGAGGCGCCGGUCCAACUUCUCAGGGUAUACCUUCAGUGAUGCUGCCUCCGCCCCCGCCUCCUCUUCUCUCAUGGCCGCCCCGACCUCCCUCACUCCGCCUCUCCUGCCCCUUCCUGGCGACUCAGCACGAGGAGCGGUGGCGGCUGGGGGAGCAGGAAGGGUGGGAGGUGGCAAAGGGUGUGGCGGGGCAGUGGCAGGAUUGACUCCACUUGUUGUUGCUGGUGCUGCUGGUGCUGCUGGUGCUGCUGGUGCUGCUGGUGGGGCGGGAGGGAGAGGCCAGGACGUGGGAGCGGCAGCAGUGAUGGCGGCUGCUAUGGCUGCGGCUGCAGCGUCAGGCGGGGGUGCAGCAGCCGCAGCAGCAGAGCCUGUGCUAAGCAGACUGCUGGGCCUAGGGUCACCUGGAGGGCUUCCAAGAAUGGCAGGGAGCGCGGCGAUGGUGGGAGGGGCUGGGGCAGCAGCAGCAGCAGCAGCAGGUGAUGGCCGCUCGCAAGCGCUGAACCAGCACAGCAUUGGGAGCAAUCGGGGAGAUGGAGCAAGGGAGAGUGCGUUAAGGAUGCAGGCCCAGGAGCAGCAGCAGCAGCAACAGCAGGUGCGGCAGGAGCAGUUAGGGGAGAAGAAAGGAGAAACCGGUGAGGAAGUGGAGUGGAACCCCAUGGCUGUCUACCACUCCCAACCCCAUCAGCCCCAUCGCAGUGUGAGCAUGGAAGCGCCCCUCCAUCGCUCCCUCUCCAUGCUAAACCCCUCUCUACGUGCCAUGGCAGUGCACACACCCGCUCCUCUCCCCCCACUGCCCUAUGCGCCUACUGCCCCUGCGCCCUCCCUGCACAUCCCUUCUCUCCCCACCACUGCCCUUAUGCAGGCUCUGCAGCAGCAGCACGGUCCACGGGACACUUUCCCUGCUGCUGCUGAUGCAACUGCAGCCAUUGCUGCUGCUGCGGCAGCUGCUGCUUCUGCUGCUGCUGCUGGUAACUGGUCUUCCCCUUCGUUAGAAGCACUACAGCUUCAGCAUGGUCACAUGGCUCAGCAGCAGCAGCAGCAGCAGCAGCAGCAGCACCAGCAACUGUUACUCCAGCACCAGCAAUUGUUAAUCCAGCACCAGCGGCUGCUGCUCCAGCAGCAGCACCAGCACUCCACCCUCCCUGUGUUUGACCUCCAGGAUUCCCAGCCUGUAGGCUCGUCUAGUGUUCCCAUUUCGAAGGACUCUGUAGAGACAAUAGCUGUCCGCAGUGUAGCAGCAGCAGCAGCUGGCCCCUUGCCUGCGCCAGCUACUGGUGCAGCGCCACCUGCCGGCCAGCAGGAGCAGGGGCGAGAUGACAUGGAUCUAGGCUUCGGCCUGAACCUUAACCUUUCACUGUGACACCUAGUCCUUGGUAUACUUGUAGCCUGCCUAGGUAUGUUAAAUUAUAUAUAUGUUAUAUAAUUGGUAGGCUUGGUAGGUGUUACUGAAACCUACUGUAGAGGGUACAACCCCCCUCCUUGUAUCCCUCUCUUCUAUUCUC